AUGGUCCAUUCCUCGUGGCUUGGCUCUCACCAGUUCUUCAUCCUCGCCUUACCCCUGAUCUUCUGGCUCGGCAACCACCACUUCGAACGCUCCCCAGUAUAUAUCCUCGGCAUGUCCAUCUACUUCACCGGGAUCCUCAAGGAUCUGUUCUGUAUUCCUCGCCCCUAUUUGCUCCCGAUCCAAAGACUUGCUAUCAGCAAUCGCACCUCCGAAUACGGAUUCCCGUCCAGUCAUUCUGCCAUUUCUGCAUCCACGUUUCUCAUGGGACUCCAAUACGCCCUUCAUGUCCAAUCGAUCAUCCAGCAGUUGACGCUCUUUCUUGGCCUGAUCCUCUAUGGAUUCUUGUUGGUCUUUGGGAGGGUAUACUGCAGGAUGCAUUUGAUCCAGGAUGUGGCCUGCGGCUGGACGAUAGGUGUUUUUGCAUGGACAAUCCAUCAAGUCUUUGGUGAAGUUGUCGAACAAUGGGCGACAAGCACGCAAGCAUCAGUCCCCCUCGUUUUGAUUGUCUGCGGUCUGAUCCUCACGGCUGCCCAUCCACAACCGGUAGACGAUUGUCCCUGUUUUGAGGACAGCACGGCCUUUGUUGCUGUCUUGGUGGGAGUGAUGAGCUUCGCGAUGCUUGUCACACUCUAUCUCCCCGAGCUCGACGACAACGACUUCUCCUUGUGCCAACGAAUCCAAAUAUCUUUGAACAAUCACCCCAUCGCGAUCUUUGAUCUGGCCAACGACUUGUAUCAUGAUUGGACAAGUUAG